AAACGCUACAUCUCCGGAAGUAUGGCUCUCCCCACUCUCCAGCCUUACUAUAUGACGAAAAGGACAAACGCAGAAAGCUUGAUAGUGAGGCGAAGAACUCACCAGGACGAAGUCAGAGAAAAAUGGGGCAAGCAUUGUCACUACUUUGAACGCGAAGGCGUUAGAUCAACAAAACAAAAAGCUUGGGCAUCACAGCAGUCAUAUGAUGAGAGUAUGAGCGCUUACUCACUACAAAAGAGACGAGAAGAGAAGGAGAUGAGACUGAGAGAGAGAAGAGAGAGGCUGGCAAAGCUGCUUGACAACGAGAGAUCUCAGUAUGAAAUGGAGCUGAAAGGGCUGGCUAGAAGGCCGCAAGAGAGAUUACCAGAAAUGAGGGAAAAGGUUGAACAAUUAAAGACAAAACGAGAGAAUGAAAGAAGAGAGACAGCAGAAGAAAAACUCCGUCAACACUGGAGAGCUAAUUGUCCUGAAAUAAGACAGAUUGAGUCUCGUCAGAUGAUGAGAGACAUUCACAACACAUGGAGUCAACAGGUGACAGAAAGGGAGAGAGACAAAGAAAGAGCUAUUCUUGAAAAAGAACAUUACGAACAAGAACUAGAGACAGAGAGGCAAUCAGCUCUAGCCGAAGAACGAGAAGCUGCAGAAAAGAAGAGACGAGAAGAAAAGCGAACGUUUGAACAUCUUAAGGAGCAAGUAGACGAGAUGAGAAGAAGAGACGAGGAAGCAGCAGAAUUAAAAAGUCAACAGGAUGAGCUGAUGAGACAGCAGUGGCAGCUGCAGCAAGCGGAAGAAGAGAGAAAAAAGAUGGAGGAGAAAAGGAAGAGACAAGCACUUGGUCGAGUGUUAACAAGGCAGUACAAGGCACAGAUGCAGCGUAGAUCACGACAGAUACAAGAGCAACUGGAACUUGAUCUGAAGAUUCUCUCGGAUCUGGCAGCACAGGAAGCAGAAGACAGACAAUUGGCAGAGACACAACGUGAACGAGCAAGAGCUGAUGCCUCUUGGAUGAAACAGGUGGUUGAAGAGCAGCUGAAACUGGAGAAGGCAAGAGAGGCCGAACUGGACAUGUUGUUUCGUGAGGAAGCUUCUCGUCAGUGGCAGAAACGAGAGGCUGAAUGGGAGAGGGAAAGACUGGCACGAGAGCGACUGAUGAGAGAAGUUUUAGAUGAGAGGCAAGGACAGAUUGUUGAGAAGAUGGAAGAGUUACGUAUACAACAGGUCGAGUCUAUUGGACGUCGUGAGGAAUUGCUACACGAAUUAGAGUUGGCGAACCAGUUGACGGCGAGAGAGACACAAAGACAGGCAGAAGACAGAGAAACACGAAAGCGAGAGCUUGAAGUUCAAAUCACCGAGAGACAGAGACGAGCAGACGAAUCUAGAAGGCAACUGGAGAGAGGGCUGCAAGAACAAGAAGAGGCAGAUGCAGAGUAUGAGCAGAUGUUGAGAGAGGAAGAGAGAUUAGCUGAGAAACGAUACAAACCAAAGUCAUAUCCAAGACGGACAGUCGCUUGGGACUGAUGCGUUGCUUGGGAUGGAAUGGUGGACAUUCAUCUCUUUCAGUUCAGAGUCACGGUAUUUUUCAGUCAUGAGUAUGAUUUAAUUAUUCUGACUGUUUAUUGGACAUAUAAUGGGAUUUCAUCAUAAGCCAAAAGUUGACAGAUUUGUAAAUGUUUUUAAUGUCACAAACAUACUAUUAGUAUAUACAUAUGUGAUGAUAAUAAAUGUAUAUGGUUGUACUCGC